GUCAAGGACAAUAUCUGCCGAGGCUCAAUUACUCUGGCCUGUAGAGGACAGCGUGUUCGGGACAGAGGAGAAUGGCCGGCAGUGGGAGGAUCGGUGACGUUAUCCCGCUUUCGGCUGAAGUUUCUCAAAAAUGGCCUUGUGGUGUGGGAAGGAUUUAAUAACUGCAAAACUAUACUCCUAUAGCAUUUAAUGGUUAUUUGAUAUUUUAUUACAAUAUGAUUAAGAAGUGAUAUAAUUAUUUAAUACAUUCUCUUGGCUUCCUUAUCUUAUCCAGUCUUCACUGGAGAGCCUCGCACCCCAGGCAGUCAGGAGGGCCUUGGGUCACAUGACCAAGUCACUUUCACACGCUCACCUGACUGGCAGGGGGUGAUGCCCUCCUCUUACUGACACACAGAAUGUUAUGUGUUGCAGAUUGAGAGUAAUGCCCUUCCUUAUCCAGAGGAACGAAGAAGAGUAGUAACAAUUAGGGUUAAACGACAAGGUCUGGCGCCCCCUCUUGGGCUGGAGGCCUUCUGUCGUUCGAUCCUCUGUGACAAAGGUCACAAAUGACAACUAAUAACUAUACUGUAUGUGGUUUAACUCCUGUUGGAUUUUUAACGCCUAAGUAUGUUUAAUAUUCCAAAGUUUAUAUCUGAAAUAAGUUUAUUUGGUUUUGUUUACAGCCCUUUUCUUUGUGGCAUUGAAUCCUGUCUUUAAAUGAAAGCCGUCUUCCUUAGUGUACAUUUUGUAAAAGAGUUUUCACAGAACUUGAAGGGAUCAGAAUAUUAUUUGUAUGGCAUGUUGUCUUGGAAGUAAAGCCUGUAAGCUGUGUGUGUUUUGUGCUCAUUGAGCCAGGUGUGCACCUCUCAUCCUCACGGAACAUGGCAUGGCACACAAACACACACACACACACACACACACACACGCACACACAGCUGCCUCGCUCUCAUUCUCGGCUCUUCUCUGUGCUCACCCACUGGUCCUGCUUCUGUCUUCUCCUCCAUGCUUUGCCCCUGCAGUCUAAGGAGAGCAAAGAUAGUCCAGUUGUCCCUCACUACCUUGGUGUAGCUGUUGUUCAUUUUCUUGGCUUAACGGAAUGAUCGAGUUCUUGGACGAAGACUCCACUUUCACAUCUUUUGAGGGUGUCUACUUCAUGCUGGUGGCUAGCUUUGGGAUUCCAGCCAAUCUGCUCUCUGUGGUGGUUCUCUGUGGCCAGCGCUGUGGCAUGUCACGCAGCACCGUCACCUACCUGGUGUCGCUGGCUGUGGUGGACACGCUCUUCCUGCUGCUGGGGGGGCUGGUGGCCGUGGGCUUCAGAUGGGUGCUGCCCGAAGAGCGCCACCCCCUGGCCAGCACUGCCCUCUGCGGCGUGGUGAACUUCAGCGAGGGCUGGACGCUGUGCAGCUCGCAGUGGAUCGUGGCCGCCUUCACGCUGGAGCGCUACCUGCUCUUCCGCGGCCGCUGCCUCGGUCGGCCCCUGCUGCCCCGCUCACGUCCACGCUGUCGCCCCUCUCGGCCAAAGGUGGCGCUGCUGCUCGUGCUGGUGUCGGUGCUGGGCUCUCAGGUGCUCAGCUUGCCCUUCUGCUGGCUGUACCGGGCCUGGCCAGGAGGGGGCGAAGCCGAGGCGGGUCCCACCUUUACCUUGAUGAAGGAAAAUCGCACACAGGCCACGCUGUCGUCGCAGUGCAAGGCACUGUCGGGCCCCCAGGAGCCCGCCUUCCUGUGGCUCCACGCCGUGCUGGCCGGCUUCCUGCCCAUGAGUCUCACGCUCUCCUUCAGCAUCCUCGUGUUCCACCAUUUUCGCCGCCGCGCCCGCAUCCUUGCCGCCCCCGACAACGCCGCGCCCAUCAGGUCCACGGGCUCACGGAUGCAGCGUUCUGGACGGAUCCAAGCGACGGUCGCCCUGGUGACGGUCCUGCUUUCCCUCCCACGCUAUGUCAUACAGGGCCUGGGGGAGGGCCUGGGGGUGGGCCUGAGCCAGCAUGCUGUCCAGUGGGUGGGCUGGGAUGUGGCAGUGGGCGUGGCCACCAUGAUGCAGUGGAUCAGCCUUGUCAUCCACUUCCUGCUGUACUGCUUCCUCUCAUCUGGGUUUCGCCGAGAAACGCUGGUCCUGCUGAGGUGCUUUUAUCAAAGCCUGAGGAAGCCCGCCAAUCUUUGGAGGCGCUGCUUCCCCUCACGGCCUCCCCAAACCCUACCCUGCCAAGUCUGGCUGGUACAGGACGUUCUCCAGCAGAGGAGGACUUCCUAGA